AUGGCACGAAGCAAAAAUGUCGAGGUCAGCGAAUAUGAGCGCAAACGACAGGAGAACAUUGCGAAGACGCAGGCGCUCUUGCGCAACCUCGAGAUGGAGGCUGCGCAGGCCGGUCUAGGGACGACAGCCAAGGCAAAAGCAUCCGUGUCUUCCAAGUCAAAGACUAAGAAAUCGGCACCGAAGAAGAUCAAGCAAGAGGAAGCUGCACCACGGCGGACAUCUUCGCGCCUGAAAGGAAUUGAGGCCGACAGUGAGGUAGCAAAGCGUAAAGCCGAGGAUGAGUAUGUCGCAAUACGUGACGCGGAUCGCGCCAAGAGACAACGCGUGAGCGACGCCUUCAACUUUAGCGACAUCGUUGUGGCCGGCAAGGACUGGAAUAAGAGUGGGAAUUUUCUGUCAGUCGGCCCAGCAGAUCCGUAUGCGCGCACAUUCGACUACAAUGAUGUGAAGGAGACUACGGAUAAGGAACUGCGCGCACUCCGGGAACGGAUGAGUGGCUUGCAAUUAUGGGAGGACUUUGAGCCGAAUGAGAUCAAAAUCACACCGGAGCGCAUCUACUCCAUGGGAUUGCAUCCCACAACAGACAAGCCAUUGGUGUUCGCUGGUGACAAACUUGGCAACCUUGGCAUCUGUGAUGCCUCGCAAAAGGUGGCAGAAGUUAAGGUCGAAGAUGACGAGGAUGGUGAUGACGAAGGACCGACCAUUACCACAUUGAAACCGCACACACGGACAAUACAUACUUUCCAGUUCAGUCCACAUGACGCGAAUGCGUUGUAUUCUGCUUCGUACGAUUCUACGGUACGGAAGCUGGACCUUGCCAAAGGAGUAGCUGUCGAAGUAUACGCACCAGCAGACGCAAAUGAGGAAUCCCCUCUAUCAGGGCUCGAAAUAUCAAAGGAUGAUCCUAACACAUUAUACUUCUCAACAUUGGACGGUCAAUUUGGCAUAUGCGAUAUGCGCACACCAUCCGAGAAAGCUGCCGGUCUUCAGGUUUUCCAGUUGUCAGACAAGAAGAUUGGAGGCUUUACCUUGCACCCCCUUUACCCACACCUCGUAGCUACGGCCUCAUUAGACCGCACAUUGAAGAUCUGGGAUCUGCGCAAGAUGAGUGGCAGAGGGGACGACCGCUUACCGGCGCUUGUGGGGGAGCACACAAGUAAGCUCUCGGUCUCACACGCGGCUUGGAACUCUGCGGGUCAAGUGGCUACGGCCUCGUAUGAUGACACGAUCAAAAUCCACGACUUUGGGAAUUGCGCGGACUGGACAGUUGGUACGAGUUUAGAAGAAGCGGACAUGGAGCCCAAUGUUGUAGUGCCGCAUAACAACCAAACUGGACGCUGGGUCACCAUAUUACGAGCUCAGUGGCAGCAGUUUCCUCAGGACAAAGUCCAGCGCUUCUGCAUCGGUAAUAUGAACCGCUUCGUCGACAUAUACACUGCCAAAGGCGAGCAACUAGCGCAAUUGGGGGGUGAUGGCAUCACAGCAGUGCCAGCGGUUGCAAAGUUCCACCCCACAUUGGACUGGGUGGCUGCCGGCACGGCUAGUGGGAAGUUGUGUUUAUGGAUGUAG